AUUCAGAGUCUCUGAGUGGCUUUUCUUGGUGUCAACUGUGACAGAAAACAUGAUGUAUGACCUUCAGGUGGAGUGUGGACCAUGUUUACUGGACUCUGUGUUCGCUGUGUACUUACUUUCAGACUGACUGAAGUUGACAAUAUGAAUGUUAGUGUGGAUGAAGAGGACAACGGAGCAGAGUUAACCCAUGGUGGAAACAGGGAUUUGUCAAUAAAGGAUCCUCCAGGAGGCAGUGAUGAACCAGGACCCUCAGACCCACAAGACAGGAAGAGGACUCCUGGUCCUAAGGUGGACCCAGCAUCCUGUUCUUUGUGUCAGAAGGUCCUGAGUGAUCCAGUCUGGACCAGCUGUGGACACUGGUUCUGCAGACAGUGCAUCACUUCAUACCGAGACCAGUUUGGUUCAUCAAGAGACUCGUCCAGUCCCCAGUGUGAAGCAGCAUCCAGAACCAGAACUGGACCACAGAUGGACAGCACUGUACAAAAUGAACAUAAGUUCAGUCUGAGGAGCAGAUGUGAAAGUGUGACUGAAGGAAGUGAUGAAACAGGAAGUAGAACCCAUCUAAACCGGAUUUACACUGAGCUCUACAUCACAGAGGGACAGAGUGAAGACAUUAAUACCCAACAUGAGGUGAGGACGCUGGAGACGGUUUACAAGAAGACCAUCCACGACAAACCAAUCAGGUGUCAGGACAUCUUCAAAGCCCUACCUGACCAGCGGCGCUCCAUCAGAGUGGUUCUGACCAACGGCGUUGCUGGAGUUGGAAAAACCUUCUCAGUGCUGAAGUUCACUCUGGACUGGGCAGAGGGUUUAGAAAACCAGGACAUCAGUCUGGUGGUUCUGCUGUCAUUCAGAGAGCUGAACCUGAUCAGAGAUGAGCAGUACAGUCUGCUGACGCUGCUCCAUGUUUUCCAUCCAGUGUUACAGAAGGUCACAGCAGAGCAGGUCAGCGUCUGCAAACUUCUGUUCAUCUUCGACGGCCUGGAUGAAAGCAGACUUUCACUGGAUUUCCACGACUGUGAGGUAAUUUCAGAUGUCACUCAGAAGAAACCAGUCAACGUGCUGCUGACCAACCUCAUCAAGGGGAAACUGCUUCCAUCAGCUCUCAUCUGGAUAACUUCCAGACCCGCAGCAGCCAAUCAGAUCCCUCCUUCAUGUGUGGACAGGGUAACAGAAGUCCGAGGCUUCACCACUGAUGUCCAGAAGGAGGAGUACUUCAGGAGGAGAUCCAGUGAUGAAGAUCUGUCCAAUACAAUCAUCUCACACAUCAAGAAAUCCAGGAGCCUCCACAUCAUGUGUCAAAUCCCAGUCUUCUGCUGGAUCAGUUCUACAGUUCUGGAGCACAUGUUAACUUCAGACCAGAGAGGAGAGCUCCCCAAGACCCUGACCAACCUGUACACACACUUCAUCAGGGUCCAGACAAAGAGGAAGAAGAAGUACAAAAAAGAACAUGAGACCAGUCCAGAGGAGCUGAUGGAGGCUGACCAGGAAGUUCUCCUGAAGUUGGGUAGAUUGGCAUUUGAACAGCUGAUGGGAGGAAACAUCAUAUUUUACCAAGAAGACCUGGAGCAGUGUGGUCUGGACGUCACAGAGGCCUUGGUUUACUCAGGAGUUUGUACAGAGAUCUUCAAAAAAGAGACAACGAUCUUGAAGAAAACACUCUACAGCUUUGUUCAUCUGAGUGUUCAGGAGUUUCUGGCUGCAGUCUACGUCUACCACUGUUACACCAACAGGAACAAGGAGGUACUAGAGGGGUUUCUGGGGAAUUGGGAGGAGAAGGAAGAGAAACAGUACUUUUGUUUUGAUGAAGAUGAUAAGGAGGAGGAUGACCAUAGUUCACAACUUGAUGUCUUCCUCAGAAAAGCCAUGGAAACAUCACUCAAAAGUGAAAAUGGUCACCUGGAUCUGUUCAUUCGUUUUCUUCAUGGUCUUUGUCUGGAGUCCAACCAGAGAGUCUUAGAUCUACUGGGUCCAACAGAGAUCAGUCCAGAAACAAUACGGACAGUCAUCAACAACCUGAAGAAGAUGAACACUAAGGAUGUCUCUCCUGACAGAAGCAUCAACAUCUUCCACUGUCUGACGGAGAUGAACGACCAAACGGUCCAUCAGGAGAUCCAAGAGUUCCUGAAGUCAGAGAACAGAUCAGAGAAGGAGCUUUCUGAGAUCCAGUGUUCAGCUCUGGCCUAUAUGCUGCAGAUGUCUGAGGAGGUUCUGGAGGAGCUGGACCUGAAGAAGUACAACACAUCAGAUGAGGGUCGACGGAGACUGAUUCCAGCUGUGAGGAACUGCAGAAAGGCUGUGUAA